AUUGAAAUGAAAAAAGUCUGAAAUUCAACGUCGACGACAUCACAGCUGCCCUCAUCCGCUCAACAACGACUCAUCGACGAAGAAUAGGAAUCAGACAUCAUGGCUCCUAUUUCGAUUACAGAUAUCGUUGCAUCGCUCCCUUCAGAGGACUCAUGGGGACCCCCAGUCACUACCGAAAGCACUCUCGAUGGAGUUCCAUAUGCCCCUUUCUCCAAGGGGGAUAAGCUAGGGCGAAUGGCAGAUUGGGCUACGGAAGGGAAAGACGGAAGAGAUGGACGGGGUGGCAGACAAGCAUAUAACCGCUUGUACAGAGAUCAGCAAGUGUACGGUGCUGGGACAUCUAGCCUGUUCUCCGUCCCGGUGGCCGAAGAUGAAUCCUCCUUCUCUGUCGUCGAUAAUACAAGAUCCUCUACGAAGACUCGCGGAUUUGGUCGUGGCGGGGGCACCAUCUUCCGUGGCCGUGGCCAACGAGGUGGCCCUGGACAACGCGGCCGCGGUGGCUUCCAAAGAGUGGGUGCAGGACGAGGCGGUCAGUCUGGCGGAGACCGAUACUAUGACAACCGGGGUGGACGAGGUGGCCGGGGCCGCCGAUUUGGAUGGAGAGAUUACGACAAACCCCAACGUAAUCGCGAUAGCUCAGUGCACAUCCGCACUGAGUGGACCAUGCGGGAGGAGAUCGACUUCACAAGACUUGCGAAACUCAACCUCGAGACUCCUGAUGGCGAGGAUAUUGACAAUUACGGCUUCCUGUACUACUAUGAUCGCACAUAUGAUAAACCUCCUGUGAGGAACACGGAGCGAAAACUGCAGUCUCUUGAUCGUGCUGCGUACAACGUCACCACUACCGCCGACCCAGUCAUCCAAGAACUGGCCGAAAAGGAUGAGGCCACCUUGUUCGCCACGGCUGAUAUUCUCUCCAUGCUGAUGUGCGCUCCUCGCAGCGUGUAUUCUUGGGAUAUUGUUAUCAUCCAACAAGGCAACAAGAUUUACUUCGACAAACGUGACAACGCAUCCAUCGACUUGGUAACAGUCAACGAGAACGCUCAGGAUGCACCUCUCGAAGCCUCAGAGGCAGGAGGAGCCAAGCAAGACUCCAUCAACACCCCUGGUGCCCUCGCCAUCGAAGCCACUGUCAUCAAUCAUAACUUCGCUCUUCAAACCGUGAUCGAAUCUGACACCUCCAAGGUCGAAUUCGCCCACCCUAACCCCUUCUACAACGCGUCCGAAGAGAGCGAGCCCCUCGCUUCCAAGGCCUACAAGUACCGCCGCUUCGACCUCUCUCUUGAGAAGGACGAGGAACAGCUCCAGCUGAUCGUGCGUACUGAAGUCGACGCCGUAGUCAAAAACAACAUCAGCGGCGAUGACCAGUACCUGACCGUCAAGGCCCUCAACGAAUUCGACCACAAAUCCCAAGGCGCCGGCGGCGCACUCGACUGGCGCACCAAGCUCGUCUCCCAGCGUGGCGCCGUCCUCGCCACCGAGAUGAAGAAUAACAGCUGCAAGCUCGCCCGAUGGGCCACACAGGCCAUCCUAGCCAAGGCCGACAUGAUGAAGCUCGGCUUCGUGUCGCGCGCCAAUCCAAAAUCAGCCGCUGCGCACGUCAUCCUGGGCGUGGUGGGCUAUAAGCCGCGCGAGUUUGCUGCGCAAAUGAACCUGAAUCUGUCGAACGGAUGGGGUAUUGUGCGGACGAUUGUGGACUUGAUUCGAGGGUUGGAUCAUGACGAUGAGGAUGACAGUGAUGGCGAUGUGCGCAAGUUCGUGCUUGUGAAGGAUCCGAAUAAGCCUGUGAUUCGACUUUAUCAGGUUCCGGUAAAUACGUUUGAGGAGGAUGAGGAUGCUGGGGCUGAGACAGUGAAGGAGGAGAAGGAGUCGGAUGAGGAUGAAGCGUAAAAAGAUGCUGGCUCCCUUUUUAACUUGGUUUGAUUAUGUUACUUGGUUGAUAAAAAAACGUCAUUGAUAAGGACGCCGUUUCAUGACCCCUUUUCUUUUUCCUUUCGUUUGUUUCCUUAGUUUUAAAUUCCAUCUCCUUCUCGAGUAUGUGAUUGAUGAUAAUAAUGCCUCCUUCCGUCCUUUUUACGUUCUACAGAUACCGGAAAAAUGUUUCAGAAGCUAAAGCUUACGAGAAUUGGUCAUCCGGAAGAAUAUAAAACUUUUAGCAAUAUAUUGAAAGUGGUUCUGAAGAGGCAUAAGCGAGCCACAUCGUCAUGAUCAAAUCCCACGUAACUAAUCCGUAGGCAGGUAGCCAAUAACUCCAACUGCCACCCCUUCCUAUUGUCAUAAUGCAAUCCGCCCGAAUCCCAUCCCAUCGGCGCGAUUCCCGUAACUCUUACCCCAGCUGGACGGCGAGGAUCAUGUAGAUAAAGAGGGACUUUGAAGAAGUAUGAAACACGGGAAGAAUUAUGCGAAGGACGUAACUUUUUAGGAGAAGAAAUGAGUCGAUGAGUAAACACACAUAUAAUAUAUAAUAUAUAUAAAAUAAACCCUCAUAAAUAUUGUAACAUAGACAGAGAAGAGAAAAGAAAAAAAACCAAUCAG